AUGGCAAACACCAAGCCACGCGAAGCCGAAAAUCCGUCCAAGGUGGAGGCAAUACCUCUGAAUUCCUCGGACGAAAACGUGAACCACAUAGACGCUCUUCGACCUGUCCACGAGACGGGCCUUGUCUUGAUACCGCUGCUCUCUGUGCACUUUGACGCCAUACUCGUGCGACUAGCCCCGUGGAUUUUUGGAUCGCUCCUCUGUGUCUUCGUCGUCCUGCCCGUCGUUCGAUGGUUUCGCAUCUGGAAGGCCUUGAGACCCAUACCAGGACCGUGGGACCUGAUUCCCUUUUGGUUCACAAUAUCCAUUAUCCGAAAAAGCUUGGCGAAGGGCGUCGAAGUUAAAGACGCCACUGCAUUAUUUUUCGGCAUAGUUCGAGAAGUGUGCGACACGUACAAGGGCAAGACUUUCAAGGCUUACAUCGGGAUAUCACCCACCGUAGUGAUCCACAGCCCGGAAGCGGCAGAGACGCUGCUCUCAAGCACCAGCAACCACGGCAAGACAUUCGAGUACAGCUUCCUCACAUCGUGGCUAGGCCCACGGAACAUACUCACGGCGACCGGAGACAUCUGGCGGUUCAAGCGGAGACUGCUGACGCCGGCAUUUCAUUUUCGCGCGCUCGAGAACUACAUGCAGAUCUUCAAUGAGAACGGAGACCAGCUGACCAAGCGCAUCGGUGCGCUCCUCGACGAAGCGCCCAACGAGGCCAUUCCGCUCUUCCAAAACGUGCAGAAGUGCGCCCUGGACAUUAUCGGACAGGUCACAAUGGGAACAAAAUUGUGCCUGCAAGAGAACAAGAAUGAAAACUUCAUGAUCUGGUUUAACAGGUUAAUGUUCCUGAUUUCCGUACGAUGCUUCAGGCCUUGGACCUGGUUACAGACAAUCUAUGAGAUGACGACCGAGGGAAGGGUCUUCAAGGAGACUCUGCACAAUAUGGAGGCCUUCAGCUAUUCCGCGAUGCGGAACCGAUUAGACAAAGUCAAGGAUCUCGAAGUCAUCUCAAAGUUGGAGCCGGAAAACAAUAUAAAUCAUGCUUCCGAGAGGGACAGCAUACUGUUGGAUGCACUGCUGAAAAGACAUCUUCAGGAGAAUCGGUAUGAACUCGAGGAGGUGAAAAAGGACAUCGACACUAUUCUCUUCGGGGGAAACGACACGACUACAUCAGCCAUAAGCUGGAAUUUGUACAUGCUGGGACUUCAUCCAGAGAUUCAGGCCAAAGUCCACCACGAACUAGAUCAGAUAUUCGAUGGCGAUAUUGACCGACAUAUCACAACGGACGACCUCAAACAGAUGAAGUACCUCGAGUGCUGCUUGAAGGAGUCCAUGCGUCUUUUCCCCCCAUUUCCUUUGAUUGGAAGGAUUUUGGAUCAUGAACUCGUUAUAGAUGGCCACACAAUACCAACGGGUGUGAGGUGCUUCGUGAACAUUUUUAGCCUUCACAGAAACCCCGACUGUUACAAAGAUCCGGACAGUUUUAUUCCGGAGCGAUUCAUGAGCCAGGAAAUUAUGAAUCGCCAUCCUUACAGCUACAUACCUUUCUCCGCUGGCCCCAAGAACUGCCUAGGUCAAAGGUUUGCUAUGCUUGAAGCGAAGCUACUUCUAGCAAAGGUACUUUUGAAGUACGCCAUUGAGCCAACAUGGCCGUUGGAGAAACUCAAAAUCACGUUCGAAGUGAUUCUGAAGGCCAGGGGCGGCCUUCGGACUCAUAUAAGAAGAAGAACAGUGAACGCUGUCAAGACGGAAGACAAGGCCGUGACGCUGCUGAACUACAUCGGGAAAGCGUCGUACCAGGUUCUGAAAACCUUGCUCGUCCCAGACUCGCCGGUAUCGAAAUCGUACGACGUACUUUCCGAGGUGCUGAAACGCCACUACGCGCCCAAGCGCUUAGUGAUUGCAGAGCGCACGAAGUUCCAUUGGAGAAAUCAAGAGGUCGGCGAGAGCCUAGCGGACUUCUCCUUGGCUAUCAAGAAGCUCGCCCAGACAUGCGCUUUCAAGGACUACCUCGACCAGGCUCUUCGGGACCGGCUCGUGGCGGGGUGUCGCGACCCUGAGGUACAGCGGACACUCAUCCAGCUCGACGACGAUUACUUCGACGAAGUUCUAAAGGUGGGCCUGGCCAAAGAACUUUCUCUGCGCAAAACGGACGAGAUACGGCAGCCCGGCGUUCCGGACUCAAUGGACGUGCACCGCGUUCAAGGUCCAGUAUCAGCGUACGGUACGCCCUUGUUUUAG